AGCCCUCAUCACACUCUCAAACACACUCUCCAGACAACCACUACAACUUCCAACCCAGCUCUUCAAACAACCGCCACCAACUCCAUCCAACAUGUCUGACUCCAUGCGCAAGGGACUCGGCGAGCAGGCCUCGGAGAAGAUCACCCCCGACUCCCAGAAGUCCACCACCGAGAAGGCCUCUGAGAACCUGACUGGAGCCGGCGACCGCAUCGCUGGCAGCCUUCAGCCUGAUGACCAGAAGUCGGCUGGACAGAAGCUCGGCGACGCCACCCGCUCGGGCGGCGACGACGCGUCUAACAAGAGCUCCGGCGUGCUGCAGCAGGCCCAGGACACGCUCAGCAAUGCUGGCCAGAGCAUCUCCGACACCCUGUCUGGCGGCCAGAAGAAGUAAAUUGCUUCUUGUCCACGCCCCUGACGACACGACCCUAAGGAUUAUCGACGAUACUGUGUGAUAGGUGGAACAUACCUUUGGCCUCGAGCUGCACAUAAUUAUACCCUAGCACCUCAUGAAUGAAAUAAUUCUCAACACGCCUGUUGACUGCACCGC